GGCCGACUUCAUGUUCCGCUAAUGGCCCUCUAGUAAAUUCGCGAAAAAUCUAGAGCAUUCUCGUCGAUAUAACCUUCAAAUAUAAGCUCCUUGCGUCGCGCGUCAAUGGGAGUGUAUCACAGACGUUUCGCUAUACGAGUUUGUGGAAGAGUGUGCUACGAAGAAACUGUGAAUUUCAGUUGUUUGAAAGUGUUUUAGUGUACAUCACGAAGAGUUAAUAAUCCGUAAUUUUGCCAAAAAUGGGUAAAGAUUACUACAAAAUAUUGGGAAUUGUGAAAGGUGCGAGUGAUGAUGACAUCAAAAAAGCCUACAGGAAAUUAGCUUUGAAGUACCAUCCAGAUAAAAAUAAGGCACCCAGUGCUGAGGAGAAGUUCAAGGAAGUUGCGGAGGCCUACGAAGUGCUCUCCGACAAGAAAAAGCGCGAUAUCUACGACCAAUAUGGAGAAGAAGGUCUAAAAGGAGGAGCAUCUGCAGGUGGUGGAUCAGGGACUCCUGGGAACUUCUCAUACACUUAUCAUGGAGAUCCAAGGGCCACAUUUGCUCAAUUCUUCGGAAACUCAACGCCUUUCUCAACUUUCUUUGAUUUUGGUGGUAAUACUGGACGGAUGUUCGGAAUGCAUGAUGAUGAUAUGGAUGUGGAUGACCCAUUUGCUUCUCUAAGUGGAGGACCGAACAGAGGCGGCCCAGGAGGAGCGUUUAGAAGUCAUUCAUUUAACUUCCAAAGCCCCAAUAGGAAUAAAGACAAAAUCCAAGAUCCACCGAUUGAACAUGAUCUUUAUGUUAGUCUUGAAGACAUCACCAAAGGCUGCACCAAGAAAAUGAAGAUCAGUAGGAAAGUAUUACAGGCCGAUGGUACCACCAAGAAAGAAGAUAAAGUUUUAACUAUCAAUGUGAAGCCAGGCUGGAAAGCUGGAACCAAAAUCACAUUCCAACGUGAAGGUGACCAGGGAAGGAACAAGAUCCCUGCCGAUAUUGUGUUCAUUAUUAGAGACAAGCCCCAUCCACUCUUUAAACGAGAAGGCAGUGACAUCAGAUAUACAGCGAAAAUCUCACUCAAACAGGCUUUGUGCGGUUGUACCGUUGAAGUACCAACAAUGUCUGCUAAAACAAUUCCACUGCAUUACACCACAGAAGUCAUCAAACCGAAUACUGUGAGACGUAUACAGGGAUAUGGUUUGCCACUUCCCAAAGAGCCAUCACGUAGAGGUGAUCUAAUAGUUAACUUUGAUAUUAAAUUCCCUGAUAACUUGUCGAAAUCAGCGAAAGAUAUUUUGUACGACACUUUACCAAAUUAACCAAAUGCUAGUAUACAAACUUAAAGGAUGUUAUUGUACGUUUUAGUACAGUGAAUGAGAGUUGUUGACUUUUGUAAAAAAUAUUUGCUUUAACUUUUCUUUAGCGUUUAAUUUCUAGUUGUAAGUUUUAAUUUAUGUUAAGAAGAAAGUUCCAUAUUUACUUAAAUAGAAUGUUUAAUAUUUGAGGAUUUUUGUAAAUAUGUACGAAUAUGAGUUUAUGUACUUUUUUUGUGUUGCAGUUGUAAAAUUUGAUACAAAUUUUGUAAGUUAUCUAUUUGUGAAUUCUAUUACUUCUAAGAGUUCGUUUAAUAAAUUAUUUUUUAUAUUCUUUUCGUUUCGUAUAAUUUGUACUGGUUUUGACGCACUUGCACUUUCGGAUUUCAACCCAUUAUGCAAAAUCUUUAUUUAGAACGAAACAGUCGCCAUUAAUGGUAUUUUUCGUCUUCCUCGUAAGUCGCAUAUGACGCUUUUCAUUAACCAAACGAUUAUGCAAAAUAUAAUUUAUCUAAAACUUUAAUGAAAGGCUUCAUCAUACACCUAAGACAUUUGUUUAUUAAUUAUUUAAAAGCAUGUACUAAAAUUAGAGCUGGUAUGCAUCACUUGUUAAGAAUAAAAUAUUUUUUAAAUAAACUGUUUUCAGCAGG